AUGGAUACCAUCACUCUCCUUCAGGGCGACCCUGACUCUAACCUCACUCCUCUGAUACUUGUUCACGCCAUUUCUGGACUCGCCUUGCCAUACUUUGCCCUCGGCCCUCUCUCCGAGAUCGAGGAGGAUCGUCCUGUUUAUGGCAUCUCAUCACCGAUGUAUACGUCCACAUUGGCAAAUCCAUUGAAUGGCACUUUGCCACAGGUGGCAGAAGAAUACGUUGCAACCGUCCGCCGUGAGAUCCAGCCUUUUGGUCCAUAUCUCCUAGGCGGAUGGUCAAUGGGUGGUAUGAUCGCAAUGGAGAUGGCAGCAGUACUCCAAGCCCAGGGCGAUGAAGUACCACAUGUUAUACUGAUCGAUUCGGUAAACCCAAGAUAUUUCCCAACGUUCCAAGACAAGAAGCAGCACGACAUACAAGCUGCAAUCACAUACAAUGCUAUUGCUACACGAAUGAACGCCCCGGCUAUCCCGCUAUACCAAUGCGGCCUGUUUGAAGAUAACUACUACAGCAGCAGUGGUGAAGAGAGCAAUAAUGAUAGUGAUAGUGAAGAAUUUGCGGAAGAGCUGUCUGUACCCGAGAUGCUAGGGAGGAUGAGGAAACAUAUCCACCAGGGACUUGGUGUGUUGGCCUCUCAGAACAGCAGAGUGGACGAAUUUGAUUUCAUUCGCGAAAGCACGGACUCUCUAGUCAAUGAACGACGCAAAAUGCUAGCCCAGAAGCGCUCACAGGAUAACACACUGCUAUGGCCUGCCGAAGCCUUCAAGUCGUUUAAAACCCUUACUAUCGAUGCUACACACGACGGGUGCUUUGAUGCUGAGCACGCCGACGAACUGACAUAUCUUGUCAAAGAUGUGUUGGACAAUCUUGACUACUAA